AUGCAAAAGGCUUUGGGUGAGUCAGCGGAAUCCCGGAAGUUGGCUAUUUCUUUGAAGGCGGUUGAAUACGGAGGCGAACUCACAGAGCAACUGCUCCAGAACAGUGGAAAGUUAGAGAAGCUCUAUGAGAGCUACAUCGACUUGAAGAACAGGAAGGUUACGGACAAUACGCUUUACCAGACAACCUUGGAUUCAGCCACUGCCCAGUUGAAGUGGUUCGAAAAAGCUAAGGCUGCUGCAAAGUCCCUGCUCAGUGGAUUGACUCGCAAGAACAAGGCCAAGGCAAAGGCCAAGCCUGCUGCGGCAGAAAAGCAGCAGCCCAACACGGCAGCUGCCUAG